AUGGGACACAAAGCGUUUUCAGCGCUCGGCCUGGUUACCUUCUUGGGAGUAUUUCUUCUAUCGUUGCGAACCGUCAGUGGAGAUGUGGCUUAUUCUUUUUCAGAGGAGAUGAAACACGGCUCGGUUGUUGGAAAUAUAGCGAAAGACAUAGGACUUGAGGUGGGCAAACUGUCUACUCGAAAGGCUCGCAUUGAUGCAGACGGGAACAGCAAACGUUAUUGUGACAUUAAUCUGAGUACCGGAGACAUAAUUGUAGCUGAUAGGAUUGACAGAGAGGGGCUUUGUGGCAAAAAGGCAUCAUGCCUUUUGAAGCAGGAGCUUGUUUUAGAGAACCCUUUAGAGCUACAUCGCAUUAAUAUUCACGUUCAGGAUGUCAACGACAAUUCACCGCAGUUCAAAAAGAAAUCAAUAAAAUUUGAUAUUAGGGAAUCGGCAGACAAAGGAAGUCGUUAUCGUUUAGAUGAGGCCCACGAUGCAGAUGUCGGUCAAAACGCCAUCCAGGGCUAUAGCAUCGAGGCAAACGAGAACUUCAGAUUGAAUGUUGUUGCAAAAAGCGGAGGAGGAAAAUACAGUGAGUUAGUUUUAGAGAAGGAGCUGGAUAGAGAACAACAGGAGGAACUAGCGAUUGUGCUUGUGGCAACAGACGGAGGCACACCUCAGAGAUCAGGUACUGCAGUCAUUCAUGUCACUGUGCUGGAUGCUAAUGAUAACGCCCCA